CCUUUUGUCACCCUGCGCCACCUCUACCAGCCAUAACAUCCGUUGUUGGGGCACAUCUCGUCUACGCUUCUCCUUAAAGUAGCCAUAAUGACCAGCAAGAACCACGCGUUCUUGGUCCUCAUAACAACCAUCGUCAGCCGAGCAGCUGCCCAUCAACAGGCGCUGCCAGAAUGGAGGCCGGCCCUGCAGACGUUGGGUCUGGACUCGGAUGACCGUCCCCAUCUCCAAUUCUCUCCCCGGCCGACCGACUCCCCAAGGGUGGACGCGGACGAACUUCUCCGGCGCCAGGACACCUCCAUCGCCACCAAUAUAUGCGGCUUCCUGACGCGAAAUAACAAGGCGUUUCCCUGCGACGAGGGAUUGACAUGUACCAAUAUAGGAGACUACCGCGGAUGUUGUAGAGGCGACAAUUGUUUGACCCUGCCCUUCUCGUCAGUGUGUCUCGAUGCCACCGAGCCGGCCUGCUCAGCCUCCACGCCGGGGACGCUAUGUUGUACCCGUAAGGUGGAUAAGUCCUAUUGCGUAACCUACCUGUGGGCAACGACGGCGACGCCAAAUAGGGUCUUCAGCUUGUUUGUCUGCGACAGCGAGAACUUUGCGGGCCAGCAAAUCCUCGACUCGGAGCCGCAGCCACUCGCUAUCACCACGGCCUCCGAUCCGCCCGCAACAAGCACGGGUCCAAGUUCGAGUUCGAGUGAUGCGUCAAGUUCAAAAGGUUCAAACGGUUCAUCCGCUUCCGGGUCAUCGAAUGCGCCUGCUGAAAGCAACAAGUCGAGCGGGAGUGGUACACCUGUGGGAGCCAUCGUGGGGGGUGUUGUGGGUGGUCUGGCAGUGAUCUCCAUCGCCGUCUUGGGCGCCGUACUCCUAGUUUUGCGUGGUCGGAAAAACAAGGCCAACGCCAACAAAGGCGACUUCGCGGGCCAGCAACCCCCGCCCAUCUCCGCCUAUCCGUCGUCGGCAUACACAACGUCAGGCUACCAUCCCAUCUCGUCAUAUGGCCAGUCACCAUCCGAAGUUCCCGGUCCAGACCAGAUUCCGGGAGCCUUUGCUGGAUAUCCGAAAUAUCCGUCGUCAUCCGAGAGCGGCGGGAUAAGCGAAGCACCGGCGGGGAACCCGUUAGGCACGGGCCCGAAUCCAGACAGGGUGGAGCUGCCGCCAUAGUCCGCCUUUUACCGGGGGUGGGGGGGGCCUCGGAGAAACUGCGCAUCUGGCAAUUCAGUGGGAUCAGGAGGGGCUAUUGGAAUCGGG